UCUUUAUCUCCUUCACUUACUCUGUAUUUCUCGUUUUGGUAUUAAUCCUUCACUUACCUUUGCAAAAGAUGAUCCAAGCCAUUCUGUGUUUUCCUGCAAACACUUGCAUGAGUUCAUGAAACAGAACAAAGAGACAUAAGGUGCUGAAUAAAAGCGUUUUUUGAAAGAAACAGAUAAUCUUUUGGUUCAAGUAAUCUAAAACCAUGGCAGCCAAAGAUGGAGCUAAGAGCCAAGAAGACUAUAAGCUUAAAGACAUGAAACCAGAGCUUGGAGAGAGAUGGCCACAUGGAGGACAGCGUGGAGGAACCGGAUGGAUUGGCAGUGAACGAGCUGCAAGCACAUACGACCUUGUUGAGCAAAUGUUUUAUCUCUAUGUUCGGGUCGUCAAAGCCAAGGAUCUUCCUCCUAACCCGGUCACAAGCAAUUGUGAUCCUUACGUGGAAGUGAAAAUAGGAAACUACAAAGGAAAGACUAAACAUUUCGAGAAAAGAACCAACCCGGAGUGGAAUCAAGUUUUCGCCUUUUCAAAAGACAAGGUCCAAUCCUCUACAGUCGAAGUAUUUGUGCGCGAUAAGGAGAUGGUUACAAGAGAUGAAUACAUCGGGAAGGUUGUGUUUGAUAUGCGUGAGGUUCCUACAAGAGUUCCUCCUGAUAGUCCACUUGCACCUCAGUGGUACAGAUUAGAAGAUCGGCGAGGUGAGAGUAAGAAGAGAGGAGAGGUUAUGGUAGCGGUUUGGCUUGGGACGCAAGCUGAUGAAGCAUUUCCUGAUGCUUGGCAUUCGGAUGCUUCCUCUGUUCAAGGAGAAGGUGUCCAAAGUGUGAGGUCUAAAGUCUAUGUGUCUCCCAAACUGUGGUAUUUGCGGGUUAAUGUCAUCGAGGCGCAAGAUGUUGAGCCUAGCGACAGGAGCCAACCACCUCAAGCUUUCGUUAAGGUUCAGGUUGGGAAUCAGAUUCUGAAAACAAAGUUAUGUCCUAACAAGACAACGAAUCCGAUGUGGAACGAAGAUCUUGUUUUUGUAGCUGCAGAGCCAUUUGAAGAACAGUUCUUUUUGACGGUAGAAAACAAGGUGACACCAGCUAAAGAUGAAGUUAUGGGGAGGCUGAUCUCACCUUUGAGCGUCUUUGAGAAAAGAUUAGAUCACAGGGCUGUUCAUUCCAAAUGGUACAACCUCGAAAAGUUUGGGUUUGGGGCACUGGAAGGAGACAAGAGGCACGAGCUCAAGUUCUCCAGCCGAAUCCACCUGCGAGUUUGCCUUGAAGGCGGUUACCAUGUAAUGGACGAAUCAACUCUGUACAUCAGUGACGUGAAACCUACGGCAAGGCAACUAUGGAAACAACCUAUUGGCAUCCUUGAAGUAGGAAUCUUGAGUGCCCAAGGGCUUUCGCCGAUGAAAACAAAAGACGGUAAAGCGACAACAGAUCCAUAUUGUGUUGCCAAGUAUGGACAAAAAUGGGUGAGAACAAGAACCAUCAUUGAGAGCUAUAACCCUAAAUGGAAUGAGCAAUACACAUGGGAAGUGCAUGAUCCUUGUACAGUUAUCACACUGGGAGUUUUCGAUAACUGUCACCUUGGUGGGAGUGAGAAAUCGAACAGUGGAGCCAAAGUGGAUUCGAGAAUCGGGAAGGUAAGGAUCCGAUUAUCGACUCUAGAGGCUGAUAGAAUCUACACUCACUCCUACCCUCUUCUUGUUCUGCAAACAAAAGGGUUAAAGAAAAUGGGAGAAGUCCAAUUAGCUGUGAGAUUCACUUGUCUAUCACUGGCUCACAUGAUCUAUCUUUAUGGCCAUCCUCUGCUUCCAAAGAUGCAUUAUCUCCAUCCAUUCACUGUGAACCAAUUAGACAGUCUUAGAUACCAAGCGAUGAGCAUUGUUUCAGCGCGGUUAGCCCGAGCAGAGCCUCCUUUAAGGAAAGAGAUCGUAGAGUACAUGCUCGAUGUUGAUUCACACAUGUGGAGCAUGAGGAGGAGCAAAGCUAACUUCUUCAGGAUAGUCUCUGUGUUUUCAGGCUUGAUUGCUAUGAGCAAAUGGCUUGGUGACGUCUGCUACUGGAAGAAUCCAUUGACGUCGAUAUUGUUCCACGUUCUCUUCUUUAUACUGAUCUGUUAUCCGGAGCUGAUACUCCCAACCACAUUCCUCUACAUGUUCUUGAUAGGUCUCUGGAAUUUCAGGUUCAGGACGCGCCAUCCUGCUCAUAUGGACAUAAAGCUCUCAUGGGCUGAAGCGGCUAGCCCCGAUGAGCUAGAUGAGGAAUUCGAUACUUUCCCAACUUCAAAGGGACAAGAUGUUGUGAAGAUGAGGUAUGAUAGGUUAAGAAGCGUAGCGGGUCGGAUCCAGAUGGUUGUUGGAGACAUUGCAACGCAAGGAGAGAGGUUUCAAGCUCUGUUGAGUUGGAGAGAUCCGCGUGCGACUUGCUUGUUUGUGAUUUUUUGUCUUGUUGCUGCGAUGAUCUUGUACGUGACACCUUUCAAGAUCAUAGCUCUUGCGGCUGGGAUGUUCUGGAUGAGGCAUCCUAAGUUCAGAAGCAAGAUGCCUUCUGCUCCAAGUAACUUCUUCAGGAAAUUACCUUCAAAAGCAGAUUGUAUGCUUUGAAUUGUAAAACUUCUUUGUGGCUUCAGGUCUUCUCUGCUCGUAACUUGUGUUUCUUUUGUUCGUGUGUGUUUGUCUGCUCUGUUUUAUCAUUAUUUGCUCUGUUUGUUCUAUUCUUAUCAUGUACUGUGUUGUUGGGUUUAGUCUGAAACCCUAAACUAGUGGGCUUAGUUAUAAUGGUCUGUUUGUAAUCUUUUUUCCUUUUCUCAAAAAAAAAAAUCAAUAGAAAACUUUUAC